AUGGUGAGGUGUAUUCUUUUUUUAGGAACAUAUCCAUAUGGAGUUUUGUCAAUGGAUGGAACAUUACCUAAAAACAAGGAAUUCGCCACCGUAAAGAUUUACAUUGAAGAUUUUAUACCAUUUGGUAAUACAUUGUAUCAAUACCUAUGGAUUUCCGUGAAUGGAUUGAUAAGUUUUGGAGAUGAGUUCUCCAGCUUCACGCCCCAACGACUGCCUGUGUUAGAUAAAAAAGGAAAGCCUCGACCUCUGUUGGCUCCGUACUGGACAGACCUUGAGCUCACAGAUGGCGAUGAGGGACAGGUUUAUUAUCAUGUUUUCAAUUGUAGUCUGGAAACAUCCUCCUCUAAAGUAUGUGAACAGGCUAACAUUGAUGUCGUUAGAUAUUUGGUUAACGCCUCAUCCUACAAUGCAACUACAGUUAUUGUAAUCACGUGGGUUAACGUACCUGCCCCUGGAAAUAACUCAAAUGAGCGUGUGUCAUUCCAGUGUGUCAUUAUAAACGAUGGCUACACAACCUAUGCAAUGUAUCUGUACAUGCAAGCAGCUAUGCAAUUCAAAUCAUUGUCAGCAAGGAGUGUUGAAAUUGGGUGGGGCAAGUUCAACCUCGACACAUCCACAUCAGCGUAUUAUAUGUUCGACCGAGUUCUGGGUAAUACAGGAUCACCUGGUCAGUGGUUUUUUAAAGUUGGUGAAAAAGUAAACUAUAAAAUGAUGUGUAGAUCAUGGUACCAAACUAGUCCACUUGCUGAAUAUUUUGCAAUUGAAAGAAAAAAGUCAGAAAUGCCAGCUUGUCCUUGUAAUGAAUUGGUGGCUAUAAAUAGCCCUCUUUGGGUGUCAUACAGUCUUAUCCAGAAUGAAAGUCACUGUUUUGAUUUAUUACCAUACUAUGGUGAAUAUGGAAGACGAUGCUGUUACCGGACAGAUGGGAGUUUCAGUCUUGAAACCAGAAUGCCUCAAGCUGGCAGCCUUCAACGCUUCAAUGCUUUCAAUUCUCUAAUACACAAUUCUAAAGAUCACCAACUAAAUGAUAUUGAACCAAAAAACUGGUGCUGUUAUCAGUCAAAUUUGUGCGAACUCUACUAUGUGUUAAGACCAAAUGUGCAAUGUACUGCAAGCAGUUGGUCUAGAGCGUUUUUGUUUGGCGAUCCACACAUUAUUACUUUUGAUGAGCGAUUUUAUAUAUUCAAUGGUCUUGGAGAAUAUAAAAUAUUGGAGGUGAAUGGCAUAGCAAUGGACAAAGCUGAAAUCAAUUUUAUAAUGCAGGGUCGAACCUGUGCUGCAUUCAACAGCAAUGGAACAAAAACAAGAGCUGCAGUUUGGUGUGGUUUUGUAUUUAAAAGUGGAGAUGAAAACACAUUAACAGUGGAAGUUAGUCCUAGCCAUAAAAUGAUGAUUAUAUAUGGAAACAAACAAGAUUAUUCAGCACAAUUUCAAAAUGAACAUGAGUUCUUUGCUAUGGAAAAUGGAAUGGUGAUUAGAAAACAAAAUGGGUCGUUAACAGUUUCUUUUCGAGAAAGUGUUGGAGCUACAGUUUCACUCAUAUAUGGUUUUCUUGAAGUUUCUGUAAGCUUGGAUAAAAAAUACCAGAAUAUGACAAGAGGACUUUUGGGCAACUUUAAUGGAAUCAAAACAGAUGAAUUUUUCUUUCAAAAUGGUUCAAAGCUCUUUGAUGAGUCAUCCGAGAGACAAAUUUUCCAAUUUGUCCAGAGUUGGGCAAUAACCCAAUCAGAAAGUUUAUUCCAGUAUGCCUAUGGACAAAACACAUCAACUUUUUCUUAUCCAAAUAACAAGCCUUUAUUUUAUGAUGACCUAGAUAAGACAAUAAUAAAUUAUUUCAACACACUAUGUAAUGGAACAUUUAAAAUACCCUGUAUAUACGAUUACAUUGCAACUUUAAAUGAAAGUUUAGCAAAACAUUCAUUAACAGUAGCAGAUCAGUUUAUAAUGGACUUCAUCAAUAUUGCAAAUCAAGGACCACUUAUUAAAUUAAACCAAACAUAUUUUGAAGUAUAUAGAAAUAAACCUUUUUACCUUAAUGCCAGUGGCUUUGAUAUUGAUGGAAACAUAACACACUUUAUAGUGUUAACAAAUGUAAAUUAUACUGAAAUACAGCAUGAGCAAAGCACUGCAAUACAUAAUGCAACAUCCAGCUUUAGAUUUAUAGUAACAGAUCUUAUUCCAGUAACAAUAGGAUUAACAGCUGUUGAUGAUAAAAACUUACAAUCCGAAGUUAUACCAUUGUCUCUUACUCUCUGUACUGGUUGCAGUAAUCAAGGAUCAUGUAACUUUUCUGUUACCAGACCUACCACAUCUCCUUAUUUCUCAUAUGCAACCUGCAACUGUAACUCUGGCCAUGCAGGAGCUGAUUGUGAAGAAGUUAGUGAUGGCUGUGAUUCGAAUCCUUGCCCAUUAGGAUGUGUAAAUAAUACAAAUAAUUUAGAACAGGAAAAUGGGAUAUUUUAUAACUGUGUAAAAUGCCCUGUUGGAUUUAAUCUUAGCAUUGCUCAAACCAAGUGUGAAGACUUUGAUGAAUGUAAAACAUCACCAUGUGAUUCUUUUGCUGACUGUGAAAAUACAUUUGGUAGCUUUGUAUGCCACUGUCCUAAAGGUUACCAAAACAUUAACAACACUUGUACAUUGAUGAGUGUGCUAACAAGUUAG